AUGGAUGAAUUCAAGAAUUUCUUCUAUAUAAUUUCUCCAGGUGUUACAAAGGUAGAUUAUGGAGACAUAACAUCAAGACUUGGUCUAAGACACAAACUCCAGUGCAAACCUUUCUCUUGGUACCUAGAGAAUAUUUAUCCUGAUUCACAGAUUCCACGUCACUAUUUCUCUUUGGGAGAGAUACACAAUGUGGAAACAAAUCUUGAUAACAUGGCUAGAAAAGAGAAUGAAAAAGUUGGAAUCUUGAACUGUCAUGGUAUGGGAGGUAAUCAGGUUUUCUCUUACACUGCCAACAAAGAAAUUAGGACGGAUGACCUUUGCUUGGAUGUCUCCAAACUCAAUGGCCCAGUCACAAAGCUCAAAUGCCAUCAGCUAAAAGGCAACCAACUUUGGGAGUAUGAUCCUCUGAAACUGAGCCUGCAGCAUGUGAACAGCAACCAGUGCCUGGACAAAGCCGUGGAGGAGGACAGCCAGAUGCCCAGCAUCAGAGACUGCAGCGGAGCCCGGUCCCAGCAGUGGAUUCUCCACAACGUCACCCUUCCGGAAAUAUUCUGA